UUGGCAGCCAAGCUAAGGAUGGGUUCUUCACUGACCUGGUGUCAUCACUCUCCCCCAUCCAUCUUUACACUGGGCAGCAGGAGACAUGAGAUAAGCUGAAGUCUUCUGACCACCAAGAAUUAAACUUUAAUCCAGGACUGGAACAAAGGAAGGCAAUAGGAGGAAAAUGCUAUUAAAUGUAAGUGCAUUGAACGGUUCUCUGCAUAUUCCCAAGGAUCUGCUAUUGGAUCGUCCUCCUUGGGUGCCCACAGCCCUUGCUGCCAUCCUCAUCUUCACCAUCAUCAUUGAUAUUUUGGGGAACCUCCUGGUCAUCUUAUCAGUCUUCAGGAACCGGAAGCUGAGAAAUGCAGGAAAUAUAUUUGUCGUGAGCCUGGCUGUGGCAGACUUGGUGGUGGCCAUUUACCCAUAUCCCUUGGUAGUGACAUCAAUAUUUCGAAAAGGGUGGAAUCUUGGAUACCUUCAUUGCCAAAUAAGUGGAUUCUUGAUGGGAAUUAGUGUCAUAGGAUCAAUAUUUAACAUUGCUGGGGUCGCAAUCAACCGCUAUUGCUAUAUUUGUCAUAGCCUCAAAUAUGACAAGUUGUACAGUGACAAAAAUUCAUUGUUCUAUGUGAUUCUGAUUUGGGUGCUAACAUUUAUUGCCAUUGUGCCAAAUUUAUUUGUUGGAUCAUUACAAUACGAUGCUCGGAUCUACUCCUGUACAUUCUCGCAGUCUGUUAGUUCAGCAUACACCAUAGCAGUGGUGUUUUUCCAUUUUAUUCUCCCAAUAACUAUCGUAACAUUUUGCUACUUACGUAUAUGGAUCUUGGUGAUUCAAGUAAGACGAAGGGUAAAACCAGAUAACAAGCCCAAACUGAAACCUCAUGACUUCAGAAAUUUUUUGACAAUGUUUGUGGUAUUUGUCUUAUUCGCAGUCUGUUGGGCUCCAUUGAACUUUAUAGGCUUGGCUGUUGCUGUGAACCCGGACACAAUUCUACCUAGAAUCCCAGAAUGGUUAUUUGUUGGCAGUUAUUACAUGGCAUAUUUCAACAGUUGCCUUAAUGCUAUUAUAUAUGGCCUCCUGAACCAAAACUUCAGGAGGGAAUACAAGAGGAUUAUCAUCUCCAUUUGUACUGCAAGGAUAUUCUUUCAAGAAAGUUCGAAUGAUGAAGUGGAGAAGAUUAAAAGCAAACCAUCACCAAUGUUAACUAACAAUAAUCAAGUUAAGGUUGACUCGGUUUAAACUUGGAUUGUGCGAGUACAGAAAUAUUAUUAAAUGGGAACUCCAUUUACAAAUAUUAAGUGUUCUGAGUAAAUUACACCAUACACCUACCUACCUGUGCUAUAAUGGUGUUUAGCUAGUUUGCAAAGUAAUACUUACUUUCCAACUUUUUUGAAUAGAUCACUUUGAGGUCAACUAAGCCCAGGGCCACAAUUACAGAUAUUUUUUCUGAAGUAGAAAUUUUAAUUUUUCAAUAAAAGUGGUACAACACUAAGGCAAGUCAUUGUAAUAAUAAUAGUAUAAAGUGGAACAACACCGUCAGAGGAGAACAUGUAAUGUAUAAGGCAUAACUCGGAUAGGAAGGAUGAUGGAGAAUCACAUGAAGCACUCAGUAGUAUGAGACAAGAAGAGUGGUCCUACAAAGGUGAAGGAAGGAGAGAGAAAAAAGAAAGAAAAGAAAAAAGCAAGGGAAAAAAAAAGAAAGAAAAAGAAGCU